AUGAAGAUUUUGAAACUGAUAGAGAGGCGGUGUUUGGCUCCGCUCAAGCGAGACGACGUCGUUCGUGAGAGUGAUGCGCGGACCUUCACCAACCACCACUCGUACAAGAAACUCCCUCAGCUUCCGCUCCUCAAGCUCUCCGUUCUCAAGCUCGAUGGCUCUGUUUUCGGUAACUUUUUUAAAAACUUCGUUCCUCGUUUCGACUUUGGUUCUGGGAAGCUGCUUUUUGAAAUGGAGAAAAUCUGCUUUUGGAAAAAGCUAUUUUGCAAUGUUCUUCUUAUUAUGCUAAUGUUUGUUUUCUGGUACAUGCAGCUUCAGUUCAUUAGGCAUAUGUCCAUCAGCAACUCACCAUUAAAAAGACGGUCCAAGAGUGAGAGUGUUCCUUACAAACAGCACUCAAUGUUGACAUAUGGAUCAAAUGGACACAAGGAUGAAGAAAAGAGUGGUUUGGAGGGUUCUGACAACAAUGCAGUUCAUGAGGACAACUCCAACUCCAAUGAAGAUCUGGAGGAAGGCCCUGUGCCUGAAUUCAAGGUGGUUCACUACUUGAGUGGGUGGCUCUCAUGCUCCAAGUUCAUGGGGGGUCUCAAAAAAGGGAUCCGAAGACAGGGUCCAUCCAUCGAAAUCCAGGCUAUUAGGAAGCUGAUCUAGAAGGGUGCAACUGUAGGGUAGUUAGCACAGAAUCCACUUGGAAAGUUUGAA